GCGGCGUCGGGGGCUGCCCCGGAAGUGGCAGCGGCGGCAAGAUGGCGCUGCGGCCGGGCCUGGGCGCUGCCGGCUCGGGCGCCGCCGCCGCUUCUCCUUCAGCCGGGCCGCCGGGAGUCUCGGCCGGAGCAGCGACAGCGGCGGGGCCGGCAGGGAGUCCCGCGGGCCCAGGAGCCGCCGCCGGCCCCAGCAGCAGCUUCAUGUUUCCCGUAGCUGCUGGCCUCAGCCAUCAAGGGAUGAUCUCCAUGCCGCAGCAAGCCUUCUCCAUGGUGUCCGUCCUGCCGCCCAACAUGCUGGGGGUGAAUUACGGGCCUCCGAUCCCUCCCGGAGCGAUGGCCACGCAGGUUUGGGACUCCCGCUUCCGUCUGGGCGGCAUGCCCCUGGGCCCGAUGCCAGCCGCCGGGAUGUCGUACCUGGGGCAGGCGCCCGCCUUCCUGGGGAUGCGCCCGGCCGCUCCUCAGUACACCCCGGACAUGCGGAAGCAGUUUGCCGAAGAGCAGCAGAAAAGAUUUGAACACCAGCAAAAGUUUUUGGAGGAGGAAAGGAAAAGGCGCCAGUUUGAAGAGCAGAAACAAAAGCUCAGGCUCCUGAGCAGCGUGAAACCGAAGAUGGGUGAGAAAAGCAGAGAUGACGCCUUGGAGGCUAUCAAGGGCAACCUCGAUGGCUUUUCCCGAGAUGCCAAGCUGCACCCCACGCCCACCUCUCACCCCAAAAACGCAGAUCUCCCCACACCAUCCCAUUCCACUGUGUCUGUCUCCCACACCUCUGCCUUCCCUGACGACGACGAGUUUAGUGACUUUAUCCAGGGGCCGGCCGAGCCCCCUCCGUUUGCGCCUCCAGCCUCUUCCUGGCCUUUUCCGCCUUGCCAUCCUCCUCCUCCUCCUCCUCAGGCUGGGCAGCGGCUUCCAGAGAGGUUGGCGGCCCAGCCUCUCCCUCCAUUCCAGCUUCCCGUGUCCUCCAUCUUCCAUGGCACCGCUGGGCCGUUGCCUUAUUUCUCCUCUUCUGCAGCUUCACAAAACACUCAGAAAACAGGCGUCGGAGUCUUCCCUUCGCAGGACCCGAUCCAGCCGUUGAUGCCCCCGUGGAUUUACAACGAUGGCUUAGUCCCAGACCUGUACAAGAAGAUUUUAGAAACCACGGUGACGCCCACCGGGAUCGACACAGGCAAACUCUACCCCAUCCUGAUGUCCUCUGGACUUCCCAGAGAGACCCUCGGGCAGAUAUGGGCCUUAGCCAAUCGCACCACCCCGGGCAAGCUCACCAAGGAAGAGCUGUACACCAUGCUGGCGAUGAUCGCGGUCGCUCAGAGAGGCGUCCCCGCCAUGAGCCCUGAGGUCUUGAACCAGUUCCCGUCGGCCCCCAUCCCCAGCUUCGGCACCCUCUCCAUGGCGAUCCCCGUCACGGUGAGCCAGCCGCCCAGGACGCCCGCCGGCCCCCCGGGGUCCAUGCCUCGGGGCAUCGGGGCAGCGGUCGUGGGGCUCGGCCUGGCGGCGCCGGUCGGAGGAGCUGCCCCACAGCCUGCCGGCGGCUUCUUGCCGUCUUUCACGACCAGCCAGGCAGCCAAACCCGACGACGACUUCCAGGAUUUCCAAGACGCUUCGAAGUCCGGGGGCCUGGACGACACCUUUCCCGAUUUCCAAGGAGAAGGGCCUGGACCCAGCAUGGCGACCCCCGCACACCACCGGACCAGUGCUCCUUCGAUGCUGAUGCCACUUUCCGGCCCCAAGAUGCCACCUCCCGUGGACAAAUACGCUGCCUUCAAAGGGAUGGCCUCCGAGAAGCCCGCUGAAGCCCCGUCUUCGCUCAGAGAUUAUGGAGACAAAUACAGCGCUUUCCGAGAGCUGGAGCAGCCCCCCGAGAGCAAACCCUUAGGAGACAGCUUGGCGGGAUUCGGCUCCCCGGGGGCAGGCGGCGGCGGCGGCUUCACCGAGUUCAAGACCGCCGACAGCAUCUCACCACUAGACCUGCCCACCAACGAGAAGCCGUUCCCCCCUCCUUUCUCUGCGCUCCAACCGCCCCCAGCCAAGCCUUCUCUGAAUCUGGCCGACCUGGACCUCUUCUCCGCGGCCUCUUCCGAAGAGAGCAGGCCUCUCCCCUUCCCGGCCGCCUACCACUUGCCGAAGCUGCCCUCUUUCCCCACCCCUCCGCUCUCGGCGGCAACGGCGGCCGCCGCCACUUUGCCCAUCCCUGGCCACGGCUCGGGGCUGGCUGACAACUUUGCUGACUUCAGCCUUUUUGGGGGGUUGUCCAGUUGCACCUCCGCCGCCGCCGCCGCCACUCAGGACGAAUUUGCAGACUUCAUGGCUUUCGGUCAUGGCCCUGCUGGUUCCGAGCAGAAGCCGGAGGAGAGACCCAGCGUGCCGAAGCGAGAGGCCAGCCCCGGGCCCCCAGCCCCGGCGGCCAAGAGCGGGCAGAGUCCCGCCGCCACCGCCCCCUCCAAGUACGACAUCUUCAAGCAGCUGUCUCUGGACAGCCCCGGUCUGGGCUUCGAGGAGGCCAAGGACCACACGCCCUCGUCGGUGAAGAGCGAGGAGGACUUUGCCGACUUCCACGCCAACAAGUUCUCCUCCAGUUCCGAAAGAUCCCUGGUGGACAAGCUGGCGGCGUUCCGGCAGGCCAAAGAGGACUCGGCCUCGGUCAAGUCCCUGGACCUCCCGUCCAUCGGGGGCAGCAGCGUGGGCAAGGAGGACUCCGAGGACGCCCUCUCGGUCCAGUUUGACAUGAAGCUGGUGGACGUGGGGGGCGACCUGAAGCACGUCCUCUCCGACAGCUCUUUGGAUCUGCCGACCGUGAGCGGCCAGCACCCGCCGGCAGCAGAUCUGGACGACUUCAAGUGUGCCCCCUUCGGGAGCUGCGGCAGCUUCCCCAGCUACGACUGGUCUGACAGAGAGGACGCCGGCCAGGCCAAGCAGGCCUCCGCCUCCCCCUGCCCCCUGCCCCCGGGAAGCGGGCCCUCCUUGGCCACCUCCGUCCUCCAGAAGAAAGAGACUUUCUUCGGCAGCUCGGAGAACGUCACCAUGACCACUCUUUCCAAAGUGACUACCUUUGCCGGUGAGGGGGCUUUCCGGGACGCGACGUUCCCGCCCUUUGCUCGCUUCCAGGAUUCUGAACCGCAAGACGCCGAAGACUUCGGGGCGUUUGCCCGGCCGUCGGCGGAAGCGCCGGCCAAGGGCGCCAUCGGCCCAGAAGCCGUCUCGGCCGCCUUCUCCUUGGAAGCGGCCAGAGAAGGCACCGACGACUUCGGAGAAUUCCAGAGCGAGAAGCCAAAGAUCAGCAAGUUUGACUUCCUGCUGGCGAACUCCCAAGGAAAAGUGAAGUCUAGCGAGGAAAUGAUCAAGAGCGAGAUCGCCACCUUCGACCUCUCGGUUCAGGGAUCCCACAAAAGGAGCUUGAGUCUGGGGGACAGGGAGAUCAUCCACUCCUCGUCCCUGGAGCAGCCUUUCCGAGAUCGCUCCAACACGCUCAGCGAGAAGCCCGCUCUGCCUGUCAUCCGAGACAAAUACAAGGACCUGACCGGGGAGGUCGAGGAAAGUGAGAGGUACGCCUACGAAUGGCAGCGGUGUUUGGAAAGCGCCCUCCAAGUGAUCCGGAAGGCCAACGACACCCUGAACGGGAUCAGCAGCUCCUCGGUGUGCACCGAAGUGAUCCAGUCGGCACAAGGCAUGGAAUAUUUGCUCGGCGUCGUCGAGGUGUACAGAGUCGCGAAGCGCGUGGAGCUGGGCAUCAAAGCCACGGCGAUCUGCAGCGAGGCGCUCCAGCGGCUGCUGAAGGACAUCGACAAGACGUGGAACAACCUGAUCGGCUUUAUGUCGCUGGCUGCGCUGACGCCAGAUGAGAACUCCCUGGAUUUCUCCUCCUGCCUGCUUCGCCCAGGCAUCAAAAAUGCCCAAGAACUGGCUUGCGGGGUGUGUCUCUUAAAUGUCGAUUCGAGAAGCAAAAAAGAAGAGAAGCCCGCCGAGGAGCGCCCGAGAGAAGCCUUUCAUUCCGACACGGACCAUUUCAAGCUGGCGUACGGAGGGCAUCAGUACCACGCCAGCUGCGCCAACUUCUGGAUCAACUGUGUGGAGCCCAAACCCCCCGGACUCCUCUUGCCGGACCUGCUUUGAGGCGGAGGGGCCUGGAUCCGGGCGGGCGGGCGGGGGAGGCCGGCGGCGCGGGAACCCUCCUCGCCUGGGGGCCGGCAUAUUUCUAGACUCUGCGUUUCAGACGAGCCACGGCGGACCUCCGGAUUCCGCGGGAAGGACGUGGCCAGAAAGACUCAGACGUAAUUGGAGGGUGUUGUCUCGGGGGCGUGUGUGUGUGUAUGUGUGUCUUGCACGGAGGCAAAAGCGGAAUCUCUUGAGUAGACUUGGACAAGCACGGUCUCUUCCAGGCGGGGCAACUUGGCGUUCCUUCAUGAAGGUGGGAGUGGGGAGACCCAAAGCCCCCUUCCCCAGCCCUGCUUUCGAGAGGGAAAAGUGGGGCGCUCUCCAUUUCAGUCGGCUGCAUCUCCCGGCGGGGCAGAGCUCGGUGGCGUGAGGCUGGCGUCUUCAACCCGUGGCCCUUCUGGCUCAGAAACCUGCUUUCUCUGUGUGAACAAAAAAACCUCCGCGUCUGGUGUCCAAAGUGUGGGGCGGGACGCGGUCCGGGAGGGUAGCGCGGGAGGUCUUCUUCCCGAGGGCCUGACCCCAACAGAGGCUUCCCAGCUCGGCUGCGCCUGAAGAUGACCUCUUCGGCAAACCCUCUGACAGGCCGUUUCUCAAAGGCCGCCCCCUUUCCCCCCUCUCCAUGGUUGCUUUGGUAAGGAGGCUGUCUUGCCUCUGGGGUGCGCCUGGGAGAGGGCGAGGAUCCAACCCGAUCCGCCGCUCUUUCCCCUUUCUCGUUCGGCUUCCAUGCCGCACCGAAAUUUGAGCGGGUCGUCUUCGUUGGGCGUGACGAGGCCAGAUGUCCUAUUCGCAUGGGUUUUUAAAAAUUACUGUCUUUUCGUCGGGAAGUCGCCCGCGAGGUUCGAACUCGGCACCCUUUUCUUCGUGACCUCGCUUUUGUCCCGGGUUGGCCCAAAGUUGGGUUGACCCCCGUCACUGCCGCUUUCCCAGGCUGUGUCCGGCCACACUUGGACUGCUGUUCGCAUGAGUGCCCUUGCAAGGAGGUUUUCCUGACCACCCCGGGGGUCAGGGGCAUGGGGGCAUCUCUGGCAUGUACCUGGCUGAGGCCAAGAUCCGCGGGAAGAGCAGAAGGCUGGAGGUACCGUUUCCAAGCUGUGUCACGGCACAGCGGCAGGGCUCCUCUAGAGUAGCCUGGGGAGUCAGCCGUGCGUGGCUUUUCUCACAGGGCAAGAGAAGAUGUUCAGAUGUCCUAUUCUUGCCUCCCACCUCCCCCCCACAUCCGUGUGACCGCAAGGAAUCCCACCCAGUUUCCCAGCCUGAGUGGGGUUAAGUGCUUGUCGCUUUGGCUGGGAGCUUGGGAGGGGAGAUCGUUGCACACCCCAUAUCUCGAAUCUUCCUUUUUGAGCAAGCCCUUCUACCCCUUGUAUUGCAACCCACUGGGGGAGUUCUUAUUUUCCAUCUCCCCCCCCCUUUUUUAAAAGGAGGCAGGAGUAGCUCAUCCUAAAGGGGUGGGGGCGGCAAAGGAGGCCAGGUUGUCUCUCCUUUCCGGACUCGGUUUGCUCCUCUCCCUCCCAGCCCAGGGUCCACGAGAGCCAGCCUGCAGGCAGGAGAGAGAGGAGCAAACGGACGAACUCGUGGUUGGGUGUGUGUAAUUCUUACCACACCCGAUCAAAGCACCGAUAGGGCUUGGCUGGCUGGCGAAGGCCCGGCUCUGGCCGCAUGAAGUCGCCUUCAGACAACACACAUCCACCCCUCGACGAAGGUGGAGAAAAUGGCCUCGUGGAAAAGGGAUGUGAAAACGAGCCCCCCCCCAGUAGCGUGUGAUAACUGGGUCCAACUGAGGACUGAAAACGGGGCUACCCUUUGCCUCCCCCACCCCCCCUCCACAGCAGGAGGAGGGAUUGGAAUGUCCUUGGUGGCCACUGAUGAGCGCAGGUGCAUCGGGCUGUUGCUCGCCAGUCUGUGCUGUGGGGCGGUCGUGUGUGGCUGACGCCCCCUGAAGCUUCCAGGGAGAAGCUGCAUCCCUUCCACUUCUUUCCUCCAGUGCAGCCACAGUGGGCCUCCUUUUGGGAGAUGCGUUGUCAAGGCCCCAACCCAGCCAGUGUGGAAAUCGCCUGCAUUGGCUGAAUCGGACACCGUGCAGGGCGGCUCCCCUGGGCAAGGGAGGAGAGGUGUGCGGUGGGUCCCGCCGCCCCAGUCCACUCUCCGACCACCAGGGAUCCAAAGGUUGCUGGAGCGUCAGCUCCAGAGCCCUUGGCCUCUGCCACCCUCCCUGGUUCCCUCCUGUGGCCCCUCCAGCGGGUCUCUUGGCCUGUGCCGUGCAGAGCCGGGUUUGCUGAGGAGUGCCUGCCCUGGACAGAGAGGAGGGAAAACAGCCGACCGCAUGGCGUUCCUGACGAGUCUACCCAAGGGAGCUCUGCUCGGCUCUUCUUCGGCAGGCACUUUCCUUUGUGUUCUCGUGGCACGGAUAAUCCCAUGGGCGGGGGGAGGCGGCAGCAGGCAACCCCCUGGGCAGACCUCCCGGACUCCGCGCUUUGCCCGCCUCCUCCGCAAUAAUUAUUCUGGUGGUCGCCAGGGACCCCGUGGCCUUGGAAACCGUCUCCAAGGUGACUGUGUGUCUCCGGCUCCCUUGUGCUUUUCCUCCCUGGAAUGGAGGCCCGGGUUCCCCGUGGCGGGCGGAGCCUUGGGCUGCUCCUCGGCGAAGCAAGAGGCACCCUGCGGGUCUGUGCGUGUGCGGUUUUUGUGUCCCUGCGUGGGGUGGCGUGGGGCGCCUCUGUGGGGCCCUGCCUUCCCACUCCCUCCCUGGGCACACAGCUGGCUGGCGGGCUCUGCUUCGUCCGUUUCUUUCAAAACGGCCGUUGAUAUCCCCAACCCUGCCGUUCUGCUUGGUUUCCUUGACUUGGCAUGAACCCAGCCAUAUUGUGUCUCCCGGAGCGUCCAGCUCAUGACUGUGUCCACGGUGGGAGGAGGAAACCAACGCUGAAAAGCAACUCCCUCCAUGUUCACAAGCCGCCGUGAGCAGAGAGAGAGAGGCCUUGGCAGGGUGGGGCGAGUCAGCCCAGCCUCUUGAGACGCAAGGAGGCAUCGCAGUGGCCUUGACUAGCCCACCCGCAUUUCAAGUUCUCUCGCCUGUUGUUGGCAGUAGAACUGGACAACCCUCCUCCUUGUUUCCUUCCCACGGGACCCCAAGUGCCCUGUCCGCCGUUCCAAGGUGCCUCCCGUGGCCCAUGGCGGUGGCGUCUAGUGUGGCGGCUUGUCUAGAGACGGCCGGACUCCUUCGAAAGGACGUCCUGCGCCGUACAUGGGAUGGUGGGAAGGGAGGACGUCCCACCCGGCCUCCUGUGUGACCAGUGAGUCCCAGUUAAGUCUUGUUUGUUCCCAGUGGGCUCUGAGCACUCCCCAAAUGGCUCCGGACUGGAGUUCUCGAGAACUCUGCAAUUGGCUUUCAUGUCUGGGUUUGGGGAGGGGUUUCGAUGAGCAAGCCGUGCCGUAAAUAUGUACGCGUCAUGAGACGGGGGUCUGCCCCAUGGAUAUGUGCUCCUGUGAACUGCAUAUUGAACAAUGGGGAAAGGAUGCAGCUCUCCAAGGAUAAGAAGCUGGAAUUGCCCCCCUGCCUUCAACCCGUCUUUUCUCCUCCGUUUUAUUGAAUCGGGAGCUUUCCCCAGAUGGGCCUCAGAAGGGCCGCAUCGGGGCGAGGCGGCCAUCUUGAAAGGCCUCGGAUCUUCUCCCUCGUGUCUCGGCUGCCUCGGAAACGAUUCUGUGGCUGUCGGAGUGUGAUUUAGGCUCUUGUUGUAUCGUGUGGUGUGGUGUCGCUGAUCUUUUUAAAAACCUGGAGGGAAACGGCUCUUUUUAAACCUGGUCUCCUAAACCCGCAACCCCGUACCACUCUUAUUGGCCCCCUGUGCAAUGUCCCGAUGCUCAAUAAAGAACUCUGGUUUCAGAAAAAGGA